GAAUCGUUACUUAGGGACACAGAACCGUUACUUAGGGACACAGAACCGUUACUUAGGGACACAGAACCGUUACUUAGGGACACAGAACCGUUACUUAGGGACACACAAUCGUUACUUAGGGACACAGAACCGUUACUUAGGGACACAGAACCGUUACUUAGGGACACAGAAUUGUUACUCAGGGACACAGAAUUGUUACUCAGGGACACAGAAUUGUUACUCAGGGACACAGAAUUGUUACUGAGGGACACAAAUUGUUACUCAGGGACAGACACAGAAUUGUUACUGAGGGACACAGAAUUGUUACUGAGGGACACAGAAUUGUUACUGAGGGACACAGAAUUGUUACUGAGGGACACAGAAUUGUUACUCAGGGAAAGACACAGAAUUGUUACUGAGGGACACAGAAUUGUUACUGAGGGACAG